AUGAGUGAUGUCUGUUUUACAGAAUUAUUGAUACUUCAAGGCGAUUUGCUUCCAGACGGAAAUACAAUACCGGCCUCUAUGUAUGAGGCAAAAAAGACUUUGUGUGCAUUGGGGCUGAGUUAUGAGAAAAUGCACGCAUGCCCCAAUGAUUGCAUCUUGUAUAGGAAGGAGUAUGAGGAUUUAACUCAUUGUCCUAAUUGUGGUAUCUCAAGGUGGAAGGAAGGCAAAGAUUCAAUCUUGAAAGAGGGUGUGCCAGCGAAGGUGGUGUGGUAUUUUCCUCCAAUUCCAAGGUUUAAAAGGAUGUUUCGAUCACAUGAGACCGCUAAGAGUUUGACUUGGCAUGCUGCUAGAAAAUCAAUUGACGGUUAUAUGUCUCAUCCAGCGGAUUCCCCGUCUUGGAAACUUCUUGAUGAUAAAUGGCCCGAGUUUGGUAAUGAGCCAAGAAACUUGAGAUUGGCUCUUUCAUCUGAUGGAUUCAAUCCCCACAGUUCUCUAAGUAGCAGAUAUAGUUGCUGGCCAGUUAUCUUAGUUACAUAUAAUCUCCCUCCAUGGCUGUGCAUGAAACGAAAGUUCAUGAUGUUGACCUUAUUGAUUUCCGGUCCUAAACAGCCCGGAAAUGAUAUAGACGUCUACUUGGAGCCUUUGAUUGAUGAUUUAAAAUCUUUGUGGGAUGGGAUUGGAGGAGUGUAUGAUGCACAUAAUGGAGAAUACUUUACACUCAGAGCUGCAUUAAUGUGGGACAAUUAA